UCCUUGCAAACGUGGAAGUGACUGGAGCGCAAGUGGUGGUUGGAGGCCACACAGUAAACAGUGCAAGGAAAGUCGGACGUUUGACAGUGAAUCGUAGACAUCGGAAUUUUGAUUCAUUGCGACAAAAGUUACAGCGCUAUUUUAAAUAAUUUUCCUGCAUAGUAAACUCUGGUCACGGCUAACAUAAACAACGUAGAGCCUUUUACUAUUUUAUCACCAAAAACAGAGAGAGAGAGAGAGAGAGAGAUAGAGGGAGAUUAAUCAGGAAAUAACGACAGCUAUCGCUACCACAAUGUACUGCUGAAGGAAAAGUCCGGAAACAAAAUGCCGGUGGUGUGAUGAGGAGCGCUCGCGUCUGCCAUGUUGUGUGUCUCAGCAGUGCCACCACCUAGUGAAGCCAGAGGCGCCACCCUCACCCGCCACCUCCAGCCUCUACAUUAUCGCCUUCUACACAACCUCCAGCUCCGACCAUCCCCUUCAAGAGCACCAGUGCCUCCUCCUCCUCCUUCAUCUUGUGCCCCGCCGUCAGAGGCAAGUCUUCACCGCCGCGAGAGCAACUAAUCUGACAGUAAGGGGAUCUGGGUGGAGGCUGAGCCCUAGACAGAUCACUGGCCUCCUGAGCCCGGCACGAGGGACACCCCAGGUAAAGGAGAUAGAGAGAGGAUUUCUUCGUUGGAAAAUUGCGGAUCAAAGUGGCGUCCAAGACAUGAAGUUAAUGGUUAGAGUGUCCCGUUUGUUGCCGCCCACCGCCGCCCGCUGGUAACACACAACACGGUACAGUACCUUACAGUGGUUACGGUGUGUUACGAGUGUCACUUUGGUGGUGUUGUUACGCUUAGACACUCACCUCCGUCACUCACCGACACUCACGUCUUAUACAGCGGCAUAAUUAAUCUCGGUGUUUCCUUGUUAGAUCAGAACGGGAUUUAUUUAACUCGUGGUUUAUGAAUCGUUUGUUAAGUCGGUCGGUCUAAUCCUCCCUCCCGCCUACCAGCGACACUCCGCGCCCCUCCCGCGUGUCCGACACUCUCAGCCGCCAACACCCGCUGCUACACACACACACGUUCACCAGGUCCUGCAGGAUGUAUUCCCCAGACAAGAUGAUGAGUUCCAAGCCUCUAGGAGCGCCCAUCUCUUCGAACGGCCCAGCGGCGUUCACGGGGCGGUAUAGUCCUACUUACCGUUCGCCCGACCCCAUGAGAAGAUGUAUGAGCAACGCGCCAGUGUCGUUCUCCUCGGUCCUCCUGCCGUACCAGAAGGGGGUCUACACAAACUCCUUCCACGACUCACAUCCGCGUUCCCUCCACGAGAUGGGUCACCACAGUAUGGACGGCCUGGAGAUGUUGGACCCUAUCUCCUCGUCCUCCAUGACCACCCUCACGCCCAUGAGUGACGGGGGCUCCAUGCACCAGCUCCAUGGGGCCGUCUACACCCAUAGCCCCAUGAACACCAUGAUGCCACACCCAGGGCUCACCCACCCACACAUGCCCCUCAGGUAUUCCAGGGCAGGACCCCCGCAAGCUCAAGCCUUUGCAGAACGGUUCAAACAGCGACGCAUAAGGUGGAGUGUUACGCAGGCAGACGUGGGCAAGGCAUUAGCUAAUCUUAAGUUACCUGGUGUGGGCGCGCUCUCCCAGUCUACCAUCUGCAGGUUCGAAUCCCUGACACUGUCCCACAACAACAUGAUCGCCCUUAAACCAGUGCUACAGGCGUGGUUGGAGGAAGCCGAAGCCCAAGCCAAGAACAAACGUCGGGACCCUGAGGCGCCCUCCGUCCUGCCCAUGGGCGAGGUAGAUGAUAAGCGCAAACGAACGUCCAUCGCAGCACCUGAGAAGCGUUCUUUGGAGGCGUACUUCGCGGUGCAGCCUCGGCCCUCGGGGGAGAAGAUCGCCGCCAUCGCCGAGAAGCUGGACCUGAAGAAGAACGUGGUGCGCGUUUGGUUCUGUAACCAGCGUCAGAAGCAGAAGAGGAUGAAGUUUGCCGCCACACAGAAGCAGAUGACGGGCAGUAACAUGCACACAUCCAUGGGCUCCAUGAUGACGUCGCCCAUGCCGCCGCACACUCCUGUUCCGUAGUGGAUGGCCUCCCCUGGUGCCCGUCCAGCUCUGGACCUGCCCGCCCGCUCCGCCCACCAUCAGCAUCAGCAUCAGCAGCAGCAGCAGCAGGGGAAUCGCCCAUCACCCAACACCGUCUCCAACACCGCCCCCUGCCCGCCCACACCCCGCCCACUCUGGACGGACCAGGGUGACGCGGGGGACCGGUGGGUGGCACCAGGUCCCUCGUGGGCGUAUAGCUACGCCUAUGCUGCCGCCCACGCCCACCAAGCUACGCGACAGCUGACGCAGUGACGCCCACCCUGGGACACUCACGGUGACCAGUGGGUGGAGGCGUACAAUGGGCCUUGUCGUACAUAUCAGUGAUAUAUAUUUGUACGAUGCUGGUGUAUACUGUAGGAGAGGCGGAGCACGGGUACGUCGGCGGGUGUCACGCCCCGACACUCCAGGAUGAUGGUGAUGGUCCGUCUGGCCUCCCGGGGCCAUGCAGGGCCACGGAGGGCCACCGGCACGGCCAUUUCGUCGUCCACUGCAUCAGGGGUCGGCCAAUAUGACCCACUUAGGUCAAGAAGGUGACUUACACAGUGCCCUAACUCUUGAUAUGACCUCAGUCAACCUCAUGGUGGAGAGCAGUGACCUCAGUCCCGGCUGGCUCUCAGGGUCAACUGUUAUGCUUUAUAUUGGACUUAGAAAAUGUGAGAAAAUAAUAAUGAUGAUAAUAAUAAUAAUUAAUAAUAAACAUUGUGAUUUUGACACUGUUGGAAGGCUUGACUGUGAAACUCAUGACUGUCAGGACACUCUGUACAAAAUUAGUUUAAGUCUCCCCCAUUUAUUGCAUAAUGUUGAGUACGGUUAAAUGGUCUUAUCCGGUGAUAUCACGUGAAACACUGUGUUGCUUGUACCGGCCAUAACGUCACUCAUGACGUCACCACCGAUUUCGGGCCUUCUGGCGGUCAGCAACAAGGCUUAUUUUCCAAAGUUUCCACGGUAUGGCUGACGAGUAGGUCUUGUACUGUACCUUGUAAGGAUUCUUAAGAAAGUUUUUUCUUUUAACCAAAGAAGUGUAAAUAUAAUAAUAUAUUAAUUGUACCAAACUUUACUAUCGCGGGGUAGUAAACAACUUGCACUUCCACGUGCAUCAGAGCUCAAGGAUUUUGUGAACUAGUCGUAGGUAGUCGUAGUUUCCUUCAUUGUUUUUAAUUUUCCUCACAUGUUACCUACGCCGUCUGUUGUUGCCUGGAGGAGAGGCCAACCAGGAUAUAUCCCCAAACUACAUAUCACUCGUGUAAUGUAUAGCUCCACCCCUCACCCCCUCGUUCCUCAGUCUCUAAGAAAUAUUUUUUUAGGAAUGCAAUUUUUUUAAAACAAGGAUUUUGGCCUCCAGGUUCACAAGCAAACAGACUCAAUCUCUCCAUCCUGAUUGGCCAAUCCAACUGCAUGACGAUACCACUAUUGGUCGCUUACAACCGCCGUUCGAUUGCGCCUACCCGAUGCCUCAAGUCCACAGAAGGGCUCACACAACCCGCCCCGACCCGGCCCGCCUCGGUGAUGAUGAUGAUAGUGUUUUGUAGAGUCGAAUGAAUACUAAACCCGCUAAUAAGGAGUUGUAAUCACCGAGCGGGGAAAAGGAGAUAGAAAAAGAUAAGAAAUUAGUGGAAGCCUUUUUGCAGACAUUCGGACGAGGAGGGUCAAUAGCAUUCAUGAUUCGGUGGUGGUCGGGAGGUGAGGUGGGCCACAGUCUUGGUGUUCCUCCUCGUCCUCUCCACGCUUGUUACCUGCCACGUCGUCACCACUAACACGUCACCAACCGUACGUCACAUGUCAUUAACAAUAUAUUCCAGACAAACAUAUUCCAACACGUCUCAACAUGUACAAACACGUCACCACAGGCAGUCACCCACACGUCACCAACUCGUCACCAUCAAUAUUAAUACGUCGUCAACAUUAUUCCACUAGCAACACGUCUCAACACGUCACCAACAGACACAUAACUAACACGACUAAAUAUGUCACCAACACGUCAUCUACACCCUUCAGACGAGUCAAGUUGCAAAAAUUCACAUAAAAACGACCCACACUUAAAAACGACCCACACAUAAAACGACCCACACAUUCCCCCCCCAAAAAAAAAAAAUUUAAAUAACCACUUUUGUCCACUAACAUACAGGGUGAUCGAAAAUGAAUACCCAUAUUUUAAAUUAUCAAAUAAAAAAAAAAUCUAGGCAUUGUUUUUCGACUACUCUGUAUAUUUAUUUAAACCGAUUUAUCGUUAACCGAAAAACAAAUCAAUAUAACGGAUAAUAUACUACACUAGUCAACACAAAUAUUUAUAUAAAGAAAAUAUUUGUGCUUAUAACUGCUACACUUUAGCGUCUGUAGAUAUAAAUGAGAAGAUUAUUAAUGGUUUUUUCUCAAAGUUAUGGUCCAAAAAACGUUCUAGUCACAGGUAUAAUUAUUAGAAACGUUCAAAUGUUCAAUCAGUG